CGAUGGGAAAACGGGAUGUUCAAGUCCUCUUCCUGCUUUUUUUUUUUUUGUGGCUCGGUGUGUUUUUGUUCAUCAUGGAGGGGAGAGGAAGUGCCGUCAAUACUCCCGCCAGCAGACCUGUUACUCGUAGAAGCAAAAGUUAUGGUCGGAGUUGUGUAGAGGCAUCCUCAUAUUUCUGGCAAACACCAGGACAUUUAGCAGUCUUGAAGAUCCCAACCAGUAGAGGGACUGCCAAAUCACAAACAAUCACUAAUAAGGUUGACCCUGAGCAUAUUGCUCUUCUGGUAAAAAAUGAGUGGAAGCUGUCCUUCAUCACCCCUUUGCAUCACUUCAGACAUACACAGCUGAAAUCAUAUUCCAAACAUCUUUCAGCCUUCAUUGUAGCAGAGAAACAGCACGGAGUUGCAGUUGAAGUCGGGCUAGAAGCAGGAUUUAAGGUCACGUUUAUUGCAGUUCUUGGAUUGGCUGAGACCGAUGAGGAUGCUGAGACUGUUUUCAUUCAGAUCCAGUCCAAACCAGUAUUUGCUGCAGUGGCAGAUGCACCGAAAGUUGUCUGGCGCGGUUGGCUCACAUGUGUCAAUGGUGAUCCGGAGUACCUAAGGUCACUGCCUCCGGAUUUUAUCAGCUUACCUCUGUUUUGCACGAGUGGACCGGAGUCUCUUACAACCCUGGUUAAAUCUUGGUUCGAGAGGGCUUUUGAUUGCAACUUUGGUUCUUUGGCUUUAAACUCCACCACUCUCAAUUGGCUGGCUGCUCUGUGGACUGGUUGCCAUCCCACCUGCAAUAUCAGGCAUCUGAAACUGGCCUGGAGCCUUCCGACACAGCCACCCCUGGAUGUCUCGUAUACAGUUAACCCACGGGAUGCGUGGGAACUCUGGAACAGCAUUCACCCAGAGGAGAGUACAGAUGACCUGAUCGACAUUAAAGAGGUCCAGUCUUUCAUCAACGGGCUGGAGACUCAUUUUUUCAGACACUUUAAGAUCUACCUGUCUGCUGGCACACUUGUAAAAGUAUCUACCGUUCUGGGAUCAGCACAUCUUGAUGGGAAAAUCAAGAUCGGAAACAGUGACUACAUCACCACCUUACUUACCCUGCUGACAGAAUGUGCUCUUUUGAAAAUGGCAACCUAAAAUCUGCUUCCUACUUUAGAUUUGUAAAUGCAUUUUUGGUUUGUUGGGUUUUUUUUUUUUUUAUUUCUAUGCCAUCUAAACUUUUAUAUCUUUUAAAGCUUGGCGUCUCAUAUUUAUUUUUUUGUGCUGUAAAAUGUCUGUUUGUUUUCCAGCUUUUAAAAUUGAACUUUUUAUUCUGUUUUCAGAUGCCUGUUUUCUUUUCUUUAACUUACUAGAGUUUUAUCAAGACAAAUAACAUUAGAUCAGUCCAUAAGGCUUAUAUUAAUGUGAUACAACUCAUUUAUCACAAAUAAAUCUGAUUAUCAACUGUGUAAAUUUAUCCCAACUACAUGUAUAGGUUCUUAAUUUAGUUCACACAAAUAGGCAUUAGUAUGUCUAUUAGUAUAUUGUAACAUGUUUAUAUUUUAUACAAACAUUUUGAACCCUUUAAAGUAUGUAAAUCACUUAGGGAUAUUUGUUAUCUUUACACAAUGAAUAGUGGCUUGAUUUUGGUUGUUUAGAUGUGUUUUGAUUCAGGGCCUCUGAAAUUUUCUGAUUACGUUUUACUAGCAGUGCCAACAAUGUCAGAAUCGAACAAUCUAAAUAUAUAACAUUUUACAAAGCAUGUAGGUAGAACUGGCAAGCAGAAGUCUGUUCUAAUGUUAGCUUGGAUUUUAAAAGAUCGGUUUCUUAUUUUGUAAUUUAUUUAAAUCGACUGUGUUGUUGCAUAUUACUUUCUUUAAUUUGCACUCAAAACAUCUUUCAUUAAAACAUUUACAUCAGAAAAGGACCUAAGAUGUGCAUAACAACGUAUUUGAAUAGUUACCUUUCGUCUCUCAAUAAAGCACAAAUCUAAGUAGAAUUUUUUUUAUUUAUAUUUUAACAUAUCUCCAAAUUCGUUCAAGGAAAAAUUGGACAUUUAGAUUCGAGUCUAAAUCAGUGGUUCUCAAGCAGGAGGCUACAAGAUGACUUAAAAUUAUUUAAAAUAAGUUAUAUGCUUAAGUUAAAUGCUAAAAAUUACUAUAAAGCAUGUUAAAUGUGAAGAACAGAGUCCUUGGAAUUGAUUUAAUUACAAAAAUCACUGUUAUUCCUAUUGUAUCUAUUGACACUCCUAGUUUCAAUUCAAAAUUUUUUUAAAAAACAAGCUGCUUUGUCAUCAUUACAGCAGAAGUACCAGAGAAAAUAUUGUCUUGAACAAUGGGGGGCCUCAGAGUCAAGAAGGUUGAGAACCACUGAUCUAAACCUCAUGGAAAAGGUUGAUCAACUAUAAACACAAUUUCAAUAUUGACUGCAAACAUCUGGACUACUUUUCUUUGGAUAUUUUAUUUACACUUUCAAAGUUUUGAAAUGUAUUGACAGUUGAACAUCUUUAAAAUUAAAUAAGAUAAGAUCAUGGAAGAUAUACUUUAUGUAACCGUAUUUCAACACCAAGAUUAGAACACGUACCUGUCCUGUGGGAAGAAAAAAAAAACUUCAUUUAAAAAAAUAAAUAAAUAAAAUGUAAGGGCAGUUGUAACAUUUCAAAGAGAUUCAUCCCAUAUUCAGUAACAAGCUUAACAUUACAUUUCUGACCAUACAUGCAGGCUACUACUGCAAACCUGUUUGUUCUUAAAUUUCAGAUUAUGAAAAAUCUAUUUUUAUCUUGGGUCCUCAUACUUGCAUAAAAUAAUACAUCCAACAAGAUAAAACAAAAUACAAACUUUAAUAGAAAAGAUAGAGUGGAUUAAAGUGCAUGGACUGAUUCAUUGAUGCAUUCGGUUGUAUAAAAGUAAACAAAUUGAUAUGUCAAACCUGUUUUUGACUGCUUCAUUAGAUUGCAAUGUUUCAGGAGGGACUGCAUUUUCAGUACACCAAAGAAAGAGA